CAUUUUCUCAUUUGUGCAUAAAAAACAUAAUAAUAAAAAGACAUUUGCGUUUUCUGUGAAUCGUAAAUAAGUAAAACAGCAACAUCAUGGCGAAAAUGGCAUUUCAGCAUCAGGCCGGCACGGCAAUGGAAUGUUUAAGCAUUCCCAUAACGCUGCAUAAGGAGAAAGAUUACGAUCAGGAGGGCAGAGAGAUACUAAAGUGUGGCUUUAAAAUAGGUGGCGGCAUCGAUCAGGAUUACAAAAAGAGUCCACAAGGCUACACCGAUUAUGGCAUCUAUGUAACGGAGGUGCACGAGGGCAGUCCAGCUGCCCGGGCAGGUCUACGCAUCCACGACAAGAUACUGCAAUGCAAUGGCUACGACUUCACAAUGGUCACUCACAAAAAGGCCGUGAGCUACAUUAGGAAAAACCCAAUACUCAAUAUGCUAGUGGCUCGCAAGGGAGUCACAUCCACAUAACUUAAAUGGCUGGACCUCUAUUUAAAUCCGGUGUAUUCAAGCGUUAUAUGAACUACUAUCUACUACAAUGCCUCCGUGUAGCUAAGGAUCUCUCUUACCAGCGCUUUGGAAACUUAACAUAUUUAUCUAUAAGCAUUUAAACUUAUCACUUACCUUAACAUUAUGCAUAUCGCGCACUCAUUUAGCCAUAUACAUAACGAACAAAAAUAGAUAUGUGAAUGUAGCACGUAGAGAAAGCUUCUUGUUAGAUUGAUUGAUUUAUUUUGAAUUGGUUUACGUUCUAGAUUGACAUAUGCAUUGUAUACUCCACUUGUUGUACGAAUUGCCAAGAACAAUAUUGCCAAAACCAAAAAGGACUUACCACAAGCUGCAAAUCACAUAGACUUAAGCCAAUUUCACCAAGGGAUCGAACAUUUGCUCGAUUUCCAAAGCAUUACAAAGUGUAUAAAUCAAAUUUCUCAUGUACAUUCUCAAUAGAAUAUCAUCAUACUCUCGAAAUAGGUCGGAUUACUACAUAUUUAUAAACAAUUUUGUACUUUUAUACACUUUCCACUUAGAUACAGCCUCUAUACAAUCAGCAGCAUUCCAAAAAAAAAUAAGAACGCAAAGUUGUUGAAAACUAAAUAGUACAUAAUUGUGAUAAAUGCCGUUACUUGUGCAGAUGUGUUUUUUUUAUAAAUAUUUAUAAAUACACAUUAUUUAAGUAUUUUUA